CGUCGGCGACUGCUGAGGAGGGCGAGAGAGAAGGCGGGAUGAGGGAGAUGGUGUCUGAGCUGCUGGGAGAGGAUGCGGACUCCUCCGUCUGCCGGCUCUACCCCCACCCCUGGAUCAAGCUGGGUCUGGAGGAGACCUGCGGGGGGUGGGCCCAGGGCGCGUCCGAAGACGAGCCCAGCCAGGGCGAGAGCACGACGGGCGCCGACGUGGAGCAGAUCCCAGCCGGGGUCUCGGAGCUGCAGCAGUCUAUGGCUCUGCUGGGAGCCUACCCCUACAGCACAGUGAUGCCUCAGGGACGCUGUGUGUGGGACUGGCACACAGACUGCACUCAGUCUGAACCCGUUGCUGCUCCCAGCCUUAACCCCAACGCUGAGGCAUGGACCAAUCCCAGCUUUAACUUGGACGUCCCUAGCCCCGCCUACCUGCAGGCUCAGCAGCCAUGGCUGCAGUUCCCCGCCGAUCUGACCAAUCAGGAAGGUAUGCAGCAGUUCCCUGCCGAUCUGACCAAUCAGGAAGGAUACGAGCCAGAGUUCCAGCUGGAGAACAUGGUCCUGUCUGAGGCCGUGGUUGAGGCCGAUCCCAGCGCACCAGAGUACCAGACGCUGCCUGCCGAAGCUCCGGUAGUUAAUGGAGAGCCCAUCGACCCUCCUGUCACAGACGAGGUCAGAGAAGAGCUGAGGAGCGUUCUGGAGUCCUACCUGACCAGGGAGCACCUUGGCAACGACCUGUACCUCAACUCCCAGAUGGACAGCGACCAGUACGUCUCCAUCGCCACGCUGGCCAGCCUCGACAAGAUCAAGAGUCUCAGCUCGGACCUGGACCUCAUCGCCGACAUUCUGAAAUCCCUGCCGCUGGUCCAGGUGGCUCCGUGUGGACAGAAGGUCCGGCCCAGUCAGAGUCGAUGUGUCGUCAUCCUGCGUGAGAUCCCCAACACAACACCUCGGGAGGAGGUGGAGGCUCUGUUUGACGGGGAGAACUUUUAAUGUUCCUGUUGUACUGCAGGAGGUGGAGGCUCUGUUUGACAGGGAGAACUUUUAUGUUCCUGUUGUACUGCAGGAGGUGGAGGCUCUGUUUGACAGGGAGAACUUUAAUGUUCCUGUUUUACUGCAGGAGGUGGAGGCUCUGUUUGACGGGGAGAACUUUAAUGUUCCUGUUGUACUGCAGGAGGUGGAGGCUCUGUUUGACGGGGAGAACUUUAAUGUUCCUGUUUUA